UAGCACACAUGAAUCAAGCGCACUUGUCUUACUCAGCCCCCGAGCGGGUUUUUGUUAUUCUAGUGAGCUCUCAAUGCAGCUAACAGGUAGCGGAGUUAACAUUUAAGUACGACUGGAAUGGCGGAGGGUAGCAAUAAUGUUAACCCGGCCACCCUUCCUCCGGGAGACCCACAGCUCAUCGGUAUGAUUGUAGAGCAUCUGAAGAACCGGGGACUUUUUGACGAAUUUCGUCGUGAUUGCUUGGCAGAUGUUGAUACAAAGCCUGCCUAUCAGAACCUACGACAGAAAGUGGACAAUUUUGUCACAUCGCAUCUCAGCACUCAAGAGUGGAACCCGUCCAACAACAAGAACCAGAUGAGGAAUGGGCUGAGGCAAAGCGUAGUUCAAUCAGGCAUGUUGGAGUCCGGUGUGGACAGGAUCAUUACUCAGGUUGUGGACCCCAAGAUGAACCACAUUUUCCGUCCGCAAAUAGAAACAGCCAUCCACGAUUUUCUCUCAGGGGACAGAAAGGAGGAAGGCCCCCCAAGUGCUAACUGUGCUCCAUGUGAACAGACAGAGACUGAAGAGACUCCCUACGUCUCUGGCCCCAAAACGCCCUGAGCCAAAGCAAAAGUCUGUCUGUCUUUGGAUGUCAGAGGCCAAGAGGAUGCAGAGGGGAAGGAGUUGGUGUUAGUUGAGGGUUUAGAGUUUGGGCUGUUUCAUUGCCCAUCUGUGCUGCACAAAGCUGAUUUAAAUUACAGGUGAUGCACCGCUGCUGCUUCAUUGCUCUUCCUUUUUUGAAUGGGUUUUAAAUAUUAAAUAUACUUUUUUUUGUUGGUAAAAAUUAUUCCUGCUUUUAUUAAGAAUUUUUUGUCUUUUGAAUAUUUUUUAACCCUUAAGGAUUUUUCUUUUAAUUGAUAGAUGUGUAAGGAAAAUUUCCUGCUUGAUUUCCUGUCCAAGCAGAGUCUCCUAAUUGUAUGAUUAAAACUCACCAUCUAAAUUUGCUCUAUUGUAAAUGUCCAGGGUAUUUUGGGUUUUUUUGGACACCAUCAAUUUUUUUUGUCUUUAAUUACUAUCCAUCUUAUCAUCUUUAAAAAAAAAUCCAUAUCCCAUGUUACUUUUAUUCCCCUCAGAAGUGUCGUUUUUUGUGUUUGGUAAAGCCCAAAACCUCAAUUAGGUUACUAGUUCCAUUAGGUGAAAGCACAUGCAAACAGGAAAAAAAAUAAUAAUCUGCAUUUUAGAUCAUUCUUUACCAUAAAUACCAGUAUUUACUUUAUAUCUAAAUAAAUAAAAAACAUGAUACAUGAUUGUUGUAAAAGCUAAAGUCAAAUUUUCUAGAUUUUCAAAGACACAACCUUGUAAAUGAGAACCUCAGAUUGAAAAUCUUAUUUUUAAGCAAAAAGGCAACAUUUUGAACAAUUGUGACAGAAUUAAUCACAUUAGAAUAUUAGACAGAGAAAGUCCAUUUAACAUCUGAAGUCAUCAACAAAUGACUCGUUUCUCUCUUCGGUCCCCGACACAAACUUACUACUUCAUGUUUCUAAAGAAUAUGGACAAAAGUUGAUUAACAUCAGAUUUUUAAUGUGUAUUUUAAAAAAUCCUGUAAUUUCUUUCUUUGAAAAGCAGGCGGAUUGAACCUUUUCUGUUUUUUCUACUUUUGGAUUUAUUUAUUCUUAAUGUCCUUUUCGGAUUUGUUUACUUUGCAGUUUGUGAAAUUUUUCUUUUGUUUUCCAAAAUGUAAUCCAUAUUUGAAUAUAUAAACAAGCGAGCAUUAGA